AUGGCCACCGUCGUGGUUCAGCAGCAACAUGCGUUGCAGCACUCGACACCGCCGGCAUCCCCCAUCCCGACAGGCCUGGCUAUCCCUCGCAGACCGAGCCCCAUCCCGAACAAACAUUUGCCCGUGUGUCCACCGGGACCGUCGCCUCUAGAAACCACCCCUCGCCUGACUGAUGUUCGUGAAUCACGUGUGACACAGGAACAAGCCUCUUCAAUACUCUACCCGCCAACCGGGUUUGUCGCACUUUCACCAUCAGAGUCGCCUCAGGUGUACGGCAUUGGCGCCGAAACCCUAGCCAAAGCAAUCCACCACCAGGCAGCACAACCAUUACCCGAUCCCUCGCAGAUGUUCCCGUGGUUACAUGGGCUUCAUCCCGACAAUCGUCUCCAGACAGGGUUCUUCACCAACCGCAAGCGUGGGCUGCGUCGAACCCCCUGGUGCUGGCGCGGCAUCACCAUCGUCAAGCUGGGAGACAACUUGAACAGAGCUCGCAUCAAGGGUGCAGUGACCGCACCAGAGGUCAUCAACCCCUCAGCUCGCUUCUUGAUGGCUGAUCCCCCAGAAGGUUUCUCUGUGCGUAAUUUCCAGAUCCAAACAGCCAAGCUGGCGGCCAUGUCAGAUAUCAUUAUCUACGGCGAGGAUGGAGACAGUCAAUCGGACCUGCUGGAACUAGCGGAGGACUUUGUAACCGCGCAACAAGCCUGGAGGAUGAAGCACGAUCCUGCACAAGAGCGGCCUACGUACAACACCUUCGUCCUGACGGAUCCCUUUGCGGAGUUCGAGAAAGAACAUCCUGAUCUCGUGGCUGUAGACAGCGCUGGUCACAGUACUGGUAAUGUCAUGGAUUUGUUCCAAUGGGAACGAUUCGAAAUGCGGAGCAUGUCUCGGGCAUCAGAGAUCUCCAAGAAUGUCUUCCUGGGGCCCACGCCCGACUACAUGCUGAGACCUCACGUUCGCUCGCCACCCAAGGACGAGUGUUAUGACCUGUUCGUCGAGGCCAGCGAUAUGGCCAAUAUCCCGGGUCCUCGACUGCUGGGGAUGAUCGACAAACAGCUCGAGGGCGGCACUCAACGCAUGGAGUUCCCCUCUUCCGGCUCAGUUGUGCUCCCCUCGGGCAAUACCCGGGAAAUAGAAGACAUCGUGAACACGAUUCGAUGGAUCUACUAUCUGGCAAAUCCAGAUCACUCACCUGAGACAAGUGAUCUAGAUGGCGACGUUGUCAUGGGCCGUACCGAAAGACCAGCUCGCCGUAUUUUGAUUCACUGCGCGGAUGGAUACACAGAGAGUUCGUUGCUCGCCAUCGCCUACUACAUGUUUGCGGAGGGGGUCCCUGCCCCGGAGGCCUGGCUUCAGCUGCACUGUGACAAAAAGCGAAACUUCUUCACGUACCCGACCGACGUCGCAUUCCUCAGCCAUAUCCAGGCGCGUCUGUUGCAGGAGAGUCCGGCCACCGGAUCUGUGGACACAUCGUGCGUCUGGGAUCCUGACUGGUUUUUGAAGAUGGACGGAUCUCUCCCCAGUCGGAUCCUACCCCACUUGUAUCUGGGAAACUUGAACCAUGCGAACAAUCCGGCUCUCCUGCGAGAGCUUGGCAUUCGCCGUGUUCUGAGUAUUGGAGAGGUUGUUCAUUGGAGCUCGGACGAACGCUCGCAGUGGGGCAGCGAGAACCUCAUGUUCAUCCACAAUGUCCAGGAUAACGGCAUCGAUCCCCUUUCUGAGGAGAUCGACAGAUGUCUCGAAUUUCUACGUCAAGGCAAGGACGAUGGGAGCGCGACCCUGGUCCACUGCCGUGUGGGAGUCUCGAGAUCGGCCAGUAUCUGCAUCGCAGAAGUCAUGGCAUCACAGGGGCUAUCAUUUCCUCGUGCCUAUUGUUUCGUCCGGGCUAGACGCCUGAAUGUGAUCAUUCAGCCCCAUCUUCGUUUUGUCUAUGAGCUCCUACAGUGGGAGCAACUGCAGAAGCAGAAGCGGGGCCUUCCGUCCAAACGCGAGCUAGAGUGGACGACUGUCUGUCGAGAGAUCGCUCUGCUUAACAAGCCGUACGCGCGGUCAUAA